AUAAGCACGACACAUUUUCGGUUCGUCAAUAGUCGGUUACACUAGCCGCGGGUCGGUUGUGUUAUAUUUUUGCUGUUCAAGUGGAAAGCAAACGGCAGACAAAACGGCAUUUCUACAGCAGCGUCGCCUUUUUAGCAGCGGCGGCGUUUUGGGCAGCGGCAGCUCAGCCAUGAAGCAACAUCAGCCGCCGCCGCUGCCGCAGUCGCAGCCGCCGUCGCUGUCAGGAGGAGGAGGAGCAGCAGCAGCAGCAGGAGUAGGAGCAGGAGCAGCAGCGGCAGCCGAGGUCAACGCCGUGGCAAAUGCGAUCAGCCUUGCAGAGACAGCGAAGAGCCGCCCGCCUCUCUAUCCGAAACCAAAGACGCCGUCAUUUGAUAAGGAUCGGGACUACAUUGGCUUUGCCACGCUGCCGGAGCAGGUGCAUCGGAAGUCGGUGAAGCGCGGCUUCGAGUUCACGCUGAUGGUUGUGGGUGAAUCGGGCCUGGGCAAGUCCACGCUCAUCAACAGCCUCUUUCUGGGCGAUCUGUACAAGAAUCGCACGGUGCCCAAUGUGGAGGAGCGCAUCGAGAAGACGACACGGAUCGAGAAGAAGACCAUGGACAUCGAGGAGCGGGGCGUGCGCCUGCGCCUCACCGUGGUGGAUACGCCCGGGUUCGGGGAUGCGAUCAACUGCGAGGAUAGCUGGCGCGUCUGUACCCAGUACAUUGACGAACAGUUCCGGCAGUAUUUCACCGACGAGAGCGGCCUGAAUCGACGCAACAUACAGGACAAUCGUGUGCAUUGCUGCUUGUACUUUGUGCCGCCCUGGGGACACAGCCUGCGGCAGAUGGAUUUGGAUUUGAUCAGGCGACUGCAUCGAAAGGUGAACAUUGUCUUGGUCAUUGGCAAGGCGGAUUGCCUGAACAAGACGGAGGUGCGCAACCUGAAGGAGCGCAUCCUGCAGGAUCUCGAGGACAAUCACAUACAGCUGUAUCAGUUUCCCGAGUGCGAUUCCGACGAGGACGACGACUUCAAGCAGCAGGACCGUGAGCUCAAGGCAUCCAUACCGUUUGCCGUUGUCGGCAGCAACACCAUCUUGGAGGUGGCUGGCAAGAAGGUGCGCGGCCGCCAGUAUCCGUGGGGCGUGGUCAAUGUGGAGGAUGCGGAGCAUAGCGACUUUAUAAAGCUGCGCACCUUCCUCAUAUCGACGCACAUGCAGGACCUCAAGGACACCACACAGGAUGUGCACUACGAGAACUUUCGGGCGCAGUGCAUCUCACAGAUAUCGCAGCAUGCGCUGCGUGAGCGCGGCAAAUUGAAGCGCGACUCGAUCAGCUCAACGAACGGGUUCGAUGCGGCCAUCUCGGAAACGGAUCGCCUGCUGCUGCAGAAGGACGAGGAGAUCCGACGCAUGCAGGACAUGCUCACGCAAAUGCAGGAGAAGCUCAAGCAGACGCAUCUCAUGGAGAUGAAGAAGAACGACAGCGUCAUCGAUGUCUAAACUUCGCGUGUUCAAUUUUGCAUCUUUCAUAUAUGUAUACAUAUGCAUAUGUAUAUAUAAUACUUAUAUAGACUUUCCCUCUAUACAGAAGCAUACACAUACCCACACACACACACACACACAUACAUUUGCACACAUACGUGGGCAGCCAACCACCAAAAAUUUACGUCUUUAAGGUAGCAGCAGAGUUUCCAGUUAACCAAAUUUCGUUAAGACAACUUCAAA